AUGGCUUAUACUAACUUUAUUCAGAACGUUUCGGCGUAUCUUGACUUGAUUUUGUUUCUCGCGUGCUUUGGGUUCGUCCUGUGCUUUGGAUCCAUAACCUUUGUGAUUGUGCAUUGCAUCGUGCAGAUUCUUCAAGCAGCUCUCGCUUUCUACCUAUUCGACAUCCUCUAUUACUUUCUCUACGCAGAAGAAAGCACGGAGUUCUUCCUCGAGCUCAUCUCCACAAUCCUCACCUCACGCCUCGAGAUCAAAAGCUUCAUCCUGCUCCUGUGCAUACUUUUCAGCAUCCAUUAUUCUAUCAGGGAGAUUGCCUCAAUCCUUCGUGAAAAGGUCUUUGGGCCAAAUACGACCAUCAUUGUGAAUUGUCCUAAGCACCCCAUGCAGAGCCCCCAGUUAUCCCAGAUUGCCAACGACAUGGCCCGCAUUCAUCCCACAAGAUGGGGGAAGUAUAUUAAGUGUACUAGCCCUAACCCUCCCAAGGAUCCCGAGCCUGCAAUUAUCGAGCCCUCGAACUCCAAACCUACAAUCCCCAGUGACCCAUCUUUUGCAUCUCACGGGAACCGCUACAUGCGCCAUCCUUGGGGCGUAAUCGACUACCACAUCUAUCUUACACACGUCGAAAGCUGCCGCGACAAGCUUCGUCGCGAGAGAGAGUGCUACAUCUUAGAGAACACUGGGUUUAAGCAAAUCGCCUUACACAAAGAGCUAGCUAGUGACAGUGUUCUAGCUCACACAACCCCAACAGUAGUCUUCGUCAGCCUCCCCGUCCCCGACGCACGGAACGAAUCCAGCAUUGCCAGCUUGGUGCUUGGCUUCGAUCUAAAGUCCCUCCGCUUGCAGGGUUAUUACUUCGAGCCCAAGUCCCCAAUUAAGAAUUACAAUGACCUUUGGAAGGCCUGGUCCCAGGGUGAGGGCCAGCUCGUUAUUGAUGUUCCCGUUAGCCGUUUCCUGGCAAUCCUUCGCCAUACUAUGCAGCAUCAGGUUGAGAUCCUAGAGAUCGGCCUCCUACACCACUACGGCCUCACUGCGCGUGGAUUCCAAGCUGGCUUGGAUAUGGUUAUUACUGUGCAGUUCUUGCAGUUUCUGGAUGACUUCGCUGAGCUCGUCUCUGAGGAGCCCGAUGAGAUUCGGAAGGUUUAUACGCCUUUCCAGGACGAUUUGCGGGAGUUGCUUGCGGCUGGCUCGCGGGACUCUUGGUUUGCUCUUCGUGAUGGACACAGUAUUGAGCAAUAUCGCCAGAAGCAGUUGAAGAAGGUUGUUGCUUCCGGUUUGUUCUAUGGACAGAAGAUGCUUGUGCUUCGGGACGAGGCUGAGGCCACAGAAAAGAGUAAGGUGUCUCGUCCAGUCAAGAUUAUUUCAGGCCAUUCGGGUCGGUGGUUGUGGUCGAAGGUGCACGUCCACAUUUUGGUGAGUGUCAUAGCUGUUCUUUGCCUCUGCUCUGUCAUGGAUCGGGAAAGGGUUCUUUGUGUAGGAGUAUUUUAA